CCUCACUAUGCAACCUCAGCAGCAGCAGACCAGGCUGUCUUCCCUUCCCGUGCCUCCUGUCCCCCUGGAGCCAGGUUCCGCAGGUGAGGCUCGGCCGGCGAGAGCCUGGAACUGGCAGUUGAAUCCUGAACUGUGGGCAAGGUCACUUCGGCAGCAGUUGCAAGCCCAGCUCCUCUUGGUCAAGGAGGAGGAGUGGGUAGGUACGUCUCCUGGUGAAACAUUAUCCGAUGCCAUUGAGUCUUGGCAGUCCAUAUGUGUCCUGCGCAGCAAAGAGCAGCCCGAGGCUCGCCAGAAAAAACAGAGGCAGUUCCUCCAGGCGGUGCCUGAGACAGAGCAGCCCACAGUACUGGAACUCCUGCUAGCUGAGCUCAAAGCUCUGUUCUCAGCCACGCUUCAGGACCGCAGCCCCGCAGCUUGGCGCUACCUGCAUGCAGUACUGGGUCUGCUGCCUCCGUACCGUGAGUUACUUGUUGGUCACCUGGAUUUACUGCCCUUCCUGGAGCAGCUGUACUGCUGGGCACCCUGGGUCCAGUGCCACCUCCAGCUAGACCUGCUAACUGCCAUAGAUCAGGCCUUUCCCCCAGACUACUCUUUGUUAGACAGUGCCUCCCAUGUUGACUGUGGCCCCCGAAAGAAGUUCUAUCAUAAGCACCCCUGCCCAGUCUGCCCUUUGGUGCAGGCCCGAUGGGGUGGGCAGCAAGUAAGGGACAAGUUGGCCACCUGGCUGCGACCACUGACUUUACCUGAACUUCAGCACUGCUUGGGCAUCGUUGGUGCUGAGGUGGCCCUAGAAGAGGCCCAUUGGAUGGAUGGUCUUGGUCUCCUGCCCUUGGCACUGGCAACGGACAUCCCCAUACAGUAUGAAAAGGUUGAUACCAACAGAGCAGUGGGAGAGCCUGCUGAAGGAAGAGACAAGAGGUCUCAGCCAGUCCAUAAAGUCCCUAUGAAGAAGACCUUCACCAAAAAAACCACUGGUUAUCUACCUAAGGUUUCUGCCCAGGGCAGAGAAGUGGUAAACAUUCUAAAGACAGAGAAAUAUCUGAAGAAGAUCCAUUUCCUCUAUCUUAAUGUGGCACCCAGCCGCUACUUUAGGCCCUACAACCUGAAGGUAGUGCCACCAAGCAAGGUGAAUCCUGAGCACUACAUCUUCUCCCCCUUUGGGAUCCUGCAUAUACACCCUGAGGAGGGCAGUGAAACAAUGACCCUGGGUACCUGGCACCGCCACUCUGUUCUCUGGCAACAGCUCCAGUUCAUUCCAUUCUUUAAGUAUUGUCUCUUACGUAAGGCCUUUGCCAGCUGGAAGAAGAAUGUGAGGUUACAGCAGCUGCAUCAACUCCAGAAUGUCAUUGGGGAUCAUCUGCUCUCAGCUGUGCCCCAUUUUGGUGCUGGGCUGCUCCACAUUAACAGGCUUUUACAGGAGCUACGCUCUGUGUCCUGGCUACCUCAGGAGCCAGAUACGUCCUAUGAGCUCAUCGACCUGCAGAAAGCUCUGGCCAAGCAGAACCACAAGGCUGUCCGGCUGCUGUGCCACUGCCUGAAGCUUUGUACAUCUGUUCUUCAUCUGGUUCAUGAUGACACGUACCACAUGCAACAGGGCCUGCAGGAGCGAGUGCAGAACUGCAACCGGAUCCGGAUAGGCCAAGGCUCCAUCUACCUUCAGAGGGUACAGCGCCAACAGCUGGAGAAGAAGCUGAAACAAGCAGAGAUCUGGUUGCUGCAAAUGGGAAAGUUUGCCCGUUUGGUCAACUACCUGAUUUGUCAGAGCCUUGUUUCUAUCUUGGAAGAUGAGAUUACUUCUUUUGUGUCCAACAUCCUGCAAGCUCCAAGGCAGAAACCCUUUCUCCUGUCCCAACUUGUCUUUAAUGAUCGCGGCCAGCUGUCUCAUGUGCCUUGUGGUGAAAAUAUGAUCCGGAUUCUAACUGAGGGUCUACACUCUAUCAAGGCCUCUGCUCUGCAGGUAUUGUGUGCUGGAUAGGGGACAAGCUGGAGAAAUUCCCAGUUCCUAAUCUCUGAGUAAUGAGAAGCUGUUGGCCCAGUUUGACAUGCUUGGUAUCCUCUCACUUGCACCCCUUCUUUUCCCUGAAGGUGAUCAAGACUAAAGACCUGAAGACUCCCAAAGAUUCUCUGCC